ACUUUUAUCAUGUUCAUCACCUCCCUUUAAUUUGUAUAUACUCUGCUCUCUAUCAAUGUUUCAGCCCGGCUGUGCAUAUGAUGAUGAAGUCAAUUAGAGACGGGCGGCGUUUCAUCAUCCCCUGCUUUUUCUUCCUUCUUUUCCUAUGCAUUUUCGCUUCCAUCAAUGAACUCCGAUUCGAUGGCCGCCUCAUCAACUUUCACAAAUGCGCUUUUUCCGAUUCCAACAAUCUUCCGAUUUCGUCGGCCGCCGCCGUCGACGGCGGCGAAAUCCGAAUUCUGGUCGGGAUUUUGACCCUGCCGGACCAGUACCAGAAGCGCCACUUUCUCCGGCUAGUAUACGGCACCCAAAAAUCUCCGGCGGGGGUGAAGGUGGACGUGAAAUUCGUGUUCUGUAACCUCACCAAGGAGGACCAAAAGAUCCUAGUGGCACUUGAAAUAAUGCGCCACGAUGACAUCAUCAUCCUAAAUUGCCAAGAGAACAUGAACAACGGCAAGACCUUCACGUUCUUCUCCAGCUUGCCGGAGAUUCUCUCCGGCGCCGGCGGCGGGCGGCCGUACCCGCCGUACCAUUACGUCAUGAAGGCCGACGACGACACGUACGUGAGACAGGAAAAUCUAGCGGCCUCUCUAGCGCCAUUGCCCAAACAAGAUCUGUACUACGGCUUCGUGAUCCCGUGCUCUAGCAUGGACCCUUUUAAGGAGUAUAUGUCCGGGAUGGGAUAUCUAAUCUCCUGGGAUUUGGUGGAGUGGAUUAGCGAGUCCGAUAUUCCUAAAGCGAAUUUGGAAGGUCCCGAGGAUAAGGUUUUGGGUGGGUGGCUCCGCGACGGCCGGAGGGGACUUAACCGGUUCAACGCCAAAUGGUCGAUGUAUAACUUCCCGGACCCGCCGAGCGGCUGUACGCACGAGCUCUGGCCGGAGACCGUGGCGGUUCAUCUGCUCAAGACUCAAGAGAAGUGGAUUCGGACGUUGAGUUAUUUUAAUGUCACCACAGAUUUGAUGCCAUCUAAGCUGUAUCAUAUGCAAUAGUAUAGGUUGAAGAUUGAUAUGGCCGGAAAAAUAAAUGGAUCACCUGAUCGGCCGGCGAGAGUUGCCGUGGAUUUUGUGGCCGGAAGUUAGACAGUGCGGGCAAUCUAUCAAUUGAUAUGACUGUAUUCUUUAUUAGUUUAUUUCCAAUUAAUCUAUCAAUAGUAAUUAUAGUUGUUGG